AAAAAGCUAUAAAUGCAUUAUGUAAAAAAACUGUGGAUUGCCCUUACUGUAAUGCGAUUAAUGGACCCGUAAAAAAAAAAGUUGGCGCAAUUAAGAUUGUUCACGAGAAAUUUAAACCAAAGAAAGCGCAUGAAGAACAAGAAAAUUUUAAAAGCACUUUCGUUAAUGCUGUAGAGUCCAUGCCGGAAUUAAAAGCUCAUAUACAUAAGGCACAAGAAGAUUUAAAUGCGAUGAAAGUACUCGAGUUAUUUAAAAAAAUAUGUGAUGAGGAUUGUGAACUACUCGGAUUGGAUCCACAAAAUGCGAGGCCAGAACUUUUUAUAUGGCAACGAAUUCCAGUACCACCUGUUGCAAUUCGCCCUUCAAUUGCUCAGGAUAACGCAAGUACAGAAGAUGAUUUAACUGUGAAGUUGUCUGAAAUUGUCCAAACGAACACUAAUAUUGCUGCAGCCUUGAGUAAAGGAAUCACUAUCUCACAGCUGAUGGAGCAGUGGGAUUAUUUGCAGUUAACGGUUGCAAUGUACAUUAAUAGUGAAAUGCCAGGACUUGGAAAUAUGGCGGGUACAAAACCGAGUAGGGGUUUGUGUCAGCGAUUAAAAGGGAAACAAGGAAGAUUUCGUGGAAAUUUAUCUGGGAAACGCGUUGACUUUUCAGGCAGAACAGUAAUAUCGCCUGAUCCCAAUUUACGAAUUGAUGAG